UUUUUCUUUAAUGUGUUGCCGAGGAUCGUAACUUUUUUUGUUUUUUUUUUCAAACGGAGGAAAAAGUGUAAAUUAAAAAAAAAAAGUGCGAGUAGCUCGUCCAGUUCUCCAAGUGUUUCUUUGUGGGGAUGUUGAGCUCUGUGAAGAUGGAAGCCCACGACCUACCUGAGUGGAAUACUUUCUACAGCGAGGCCAGUGAGAUGUAUUCCUCACCCAGCAGCAUGAACGCCGCCUUGGCUUCGGUGAGCUCCAUGGGGCCCAUCAACAGUUACAUCAACCUUAAUCCGGCAGGCAGCGGUGGGGGCGGCGGCCUGAACAUGGCGUACCCCGGCUCGGGGCUCAGCACGUCCCCGUUGGCCUCCAUGGGCUCGGGGCCGGCCCACAUGCCGCUGUCCCCGGUGGCGCCCUCUCUGGGCUCGAGCUCGCUGACCCAGCUGGGCCCGAGCGCCGCCCCCAGCUCCCUGUCCCACUACGGGAACAUGGGUCAGUCCAUGAGCCAGCUGGGUUACACGUCGGGCGCCACUCUGAGCCGUGCCGGGCCCAAGGAGAUCCCGCCCAAGCCGUACCGCCGCUCGCUGACCCACGCUAAGCCGCCCUACUCGUACAUUUCGCUCAUCACCAUGGCCAUCCAGCAGAGCGGCAGCAAGAUGCUAACCCUCAACGAGAUCUACCAGUGGAUCAUGGACUUGUUCCCUUACUACCGGGAGAACCAGCAGCGUUGGCAGAACUCCAUCCGCCAUUCGUUGUCUUUCAACGACUGUUUCGUCAAGGUGGCCCGCUCGCCAGACAAACCGGGGAAAGGCUCCUACUGGACUCUGCACCCGCAGUCGGGCAACAUGUUUGAGAACGGCUGCUACCUACGACGCCAGAAACGCUUCAAAAUCGACGACAAGCUGUCCAAGAAGGCGGGGAAGGAUGGAGGCAAGGGGGGCGACGCGUUGGGCGACCGCAGCCCGGCGGGCGGAGGCUCAGACGAAGCUGACUCGGCCCACUCGGACAACUCCCACCCGGGUUCGUCUGACGACCAGUCGCUGCCCUGCGGGACUGCCGUCAGCUCCUUACUGGUGCCGCUUGACUGCCCGCCGCCGCCGCCCGUCCCUACCGCCGUGCCGCCCACCUCCUCCGCCUCCAUCUUCCAUUCCCAGUCCACCCACCUCCUACCUGGCGCCAUGGGCCAGCACAUGGACCUUCAGAACGACGCCCUCAAGUCCCUGGACCCCCACUACAACUUCAACCACCCCUUCUCCAUCACCAACCUCAUGUCCAAUGAGCAGAAGAUGGACCUCAAGUCCUACCAGGACCAGGUGAUGGCGUACAACAGCUACACCUCUAGCGGCUCACCCGUGGCCGCCAAGCAGAUCUACGACAGCCCCGGACCGGCGGCCAUGGACUCCGGUGCCUACUACCAGACCCUCUACAGCCGCUCCGUGCUCAACGCAUCGUAACCUAGCACAAUACAAGAUGGAGGCUUUCUGAACAGACUCUAAAAUGGCCGACUCGUACGGAAAGCCAUCUGAGCCUGUACUCCAUAUCCUCGAGAUCCAUUUAAAUGUCCGUGUAGUAAGACAAUUCUAACCUUAUCGGUAAACUAUUUAGCUGAACAGUCACACAAAUAAGCCCAACAAGACAAUUCAGUGCAGUAGUAGAACAACUAUCGCUCAUAUUGUUUUUCAAUUACGAGUCAGGUUUUGUCCCACGUCAAUUUUGACGUACUGGUGCGCAAUUAAAUCUUACUAGUAAACUACUUUGCUGCAGUAAUGGCACGACUAGCCCUAACUACUUGCUACAUAUUGGAACUUGGACCUUUUGGUGGUCAUCAAGAAUGUGGAAUAAAUGCCCGGUCAGCUUUCGCUAGCCAUGUUUUGAAGGACCACGUUCCCCCCCCCCCCCUUAUUGGAGACUCUCUGGUUACACACAAUGAUGAAGUUGAUGACGGCGAUGACGAUGGACUUUGAAGAAAGUGUAAAUAGUGGCAAUGUAUGUGCGUACGUGCGUGCGUGUGUGUGUAUGAGUGUGUAAAAGGGGUAUUUGCAUUUAUUUAUAAAGGGAAUAAAUUUUAAUAUAUCUUAUAUUCUGCUUUGUCCAAACAGUUACAAACAUGUGCUUCAGGUGUUACUUUCGUGCUUCAUGUUACAAUUCUUUUUUUUUUUUAUUUCAUCCGCCACCAUUUUGGGUUUAAUCUGGAAUAAGGGAUGUUUCGGAAUGUUUGAAUAUUCUACAAUACAGAACAUUACGGGACACAGAUGUUCUGGUUUGGGAAUAUUUUAGAAUAGGAAUGUUCUGGAAUGCAGAUGUUCUGGAAUAAAUGAAUAUUCUGGAAUAAGGGAAGUUGUGGGACACAAAUGUUCUAGCAUGGUAAAAUUCUACAAUAAGGAUGUUCUGAUAUAAGAAAUUCUGGAAAUAGAAACGUUGCGGAAUCUGGGGAUGUUCUGGAAUAGUAAAAAAAAAAAAAAAGACUAGAAUAAGGAAUGUUAUGGGACACAAAUGUUUUGGUGUGACAAAAUUCUAGAAUGGAAAGAGGAAUAUUCUGGAAGGAGGACUCUGUGAAUAACAACAUUAUUCUGGUAUAAGAAGAUUUGGGGGGAAGGAAGGAGGCAACGUAAACUGUGGUAAAGAAUUUCAAACACCAUUCCGCAAUUUCAUUGCCCCCUUGUUAUCUGUUAGAGUGGGUUGGCUUGGACCUGACCAUUUAUCCAAGUGUGUGUGUGUGUGUGUACGUGUGUUUGUGUGCGUGAAGCCAGUUACAAAUACAAGAGGGGAGGGGAGAUGCACUAUGGGAGAUUUACAUACAGUACUUUGCACUAUGGAGCUCCCACUGGCCAGGUGGGCUGAUAGUGUGUGUGUGUGUGUGUGUUUGAGUGUGUUACAAUUGUGAGGGGGUUGGUCUAUCUGAGUUUAACCAAAAGUGUCACAUUACGGUCCAAAAGUGUCCCCCCCGCCCCUUUCCACAUGAUCACUUAUCAAUAAAGUGAAGGAGGAUAAACGUUCAGGUCACAUGACAGAAGAAAAUAUGUCAUAUUUAAGCUACGUGGUUGCGUUUUCAUUUUCACAAACUACUUCUUUUUUUUUUUAACGUCCUUUAGUGUCCUUAUCGUAUAUUGUUUAUUCUUCUUUUCAGUGUGAUGGCCAUCAUUCAUGUUUCUAAAUAAAAAAGGUUAAAAUGGG